AAUGGAACUUGUGAGUAAACAAAAUGCUCGUAAGAGUAAAAUCUAAAUAUAUAACAAAAAUAUUUUAAGAUAUUAAUAAGUAGUCAGGGUUUAUAUUCCAAUUCAAAGUUAGGGUUUAGGUGAAAGCGUGCUUUUGAAGAUGAGUAGUGCUGCUGUUGCUGCUUCUCAAACCAGACCGUUCGAUCAAACUGAAAUUAAUUGGGACAAUUUUCAAAAUGACGAGCAUGAGAUAGUGACACAGGGCCAGGAUCCUCCCCCCUCCCCACAUAUAUUUAGGCUUGAUAAAACUAAGUUUUAUGCCGUAGGAGCUGGAAUAUUUUCUGGAAUUACGGUUGCACUAUACCCUAUUUCUGUUGUAAAGACCAGGCUGCAGGUAGUUUCAAAAAAUUCUACUGAGAGGAAUGCAUUCUCUGUUAUCAGAGGCCUUUUAAAAGCGGAAGGUAUUCCUGGUUUAUAUAGGGGUUUCAGCACAGUCAUUACUGGAGCAAUUCCUGCUAGGGUUAUAUUUCUUACUGCAUUGGAGACUACAAAAGUGGCUGCAUUCAGUGUGGUUGAACCACUGAAAGUAUCAGAACCAACCCAGGCAGCCAUUGCAAAUGGGGUGGCUGGCUUGGCAGCAUCGCUUUUAUCUCAGGCUGUGGUUGUUCCCAUUGACGUGAUUAGCCAGAAGUUAAUGGUCCAAGGAUACUCAGGCCAUGCGAGCUAUAAUGGCGGCCUAGAUGUUGCUCGUAAAGUUCUUAGAACAGAUGGCAUUCGAGGAUUAUAUAGAGGAUUCGGCCUCUCUGUUAUGACUUAUUCCCCAACUAGUGCUGUAUGGUGGGCAACCUAUGGUUCAAGUCAACGUGCCAUAUGGAGGUUUUUAGGUCAUGGCAGUGAGAGUGACAGCCCACCACCUAGCCAAUGGGAAAUAAUGUCAGUCCAAACUGGUGGAGGGAUUUUUGCCGGGGCUACAGCAUCAUGCAUCACUACUCCACUCGAUACCAUCAAGACUCGCUUGCAGGUGAUGGGCAACGAAAGAAGACCAACUACAAAACAAGUAAUUAAACAGUUGAUUGCGGAUGAUGGUUGGCUAGGACUUUAUAGAGGACUAGGUCCAAGGUUUUUCAGCAUGUCAUUAUGGGGAACGUCGAUGAUACUAGCCUAUGAAUUCCUAAAACGUUCAUGCACACAAGAAUAUUUAACUCAUUGUAACUGAACAACUGCACAGUUUCGUAGUGCUCGUGCAAAUAACACUACAUAAACCAACAUUUACCAAGUAAAUUGAAUAGGAUACUAGAGAUGGUUGAACAAUAUUAUUUGUGUAGAGUGGAGUGUUGCUUCUCUAAAAAUCUGCAGUAGUGACAUUGCAGUCCACUUGAUUCAGAGGACUAAUUUCAUUGGUAAUUAAUUUGCAGGCAUCAUAUAUCAUUUUUUUUAGGUGGACUCAAAGCCUUUUGAUUUCAAAUGUAUAACCUCUUGUGGGGCUGUCUUUCAAAUUAUAAGUGAUUCUUGACUCUU